AUGGCUAACAAACCCGUCUCGCGAUAUCCUCUUGACACCUUGUCGGAUGGAAAGCCACGCUUUUCCGGAUGUUCCAAGGUUCAGGAGUACGAAUGGAUGUGCAAAUUGGGAGAGGGUACCUUCGGCGAAGUAUCAAAAGCAAGGUCAAAAAAGACGGGUCAGGUUGUUGCACUGAAGAAGAUCCUGGUUCACAACGAGAAAGAUGGCUUUCCUAUCACUUCGCUGCGCGAGAUCAGGCUCCUCAAAGCAUUCAAUCACCCUAAUGUUCUGCGCUUGAUCGAGAUGGCUGUGGAAAGGCCGAGGGAUGUUACAAAAAAGUCCCAUAUGUUCAUGGUGACGCCUUACAUGGAUCACGAUCUUUCGGGCAUUCUGAAGAACCCAAACAUACACUUGACCGUACCGCAAAUCAAAUGCUACAUGAAGCAGUUGCUCGAAGGCUGCAAAUAUCUCCACGAAAGCCGCGUCCUGCACCGGGACAUGAAAGCCGCUAACUUGCUGAUAAGCAACGCUGGAAUCUUACAGAUCGCCGAUUUUGGUUUGGCUCGCCCAUACGAUGAUCCUCCUCCUCAACCAGGCAAAGGUGGUGGCGAAGCGACAAGAGGCUAUACUGCUAUAGUGGUGACAAGGUGGUACCGUCCACCAGAGCUGCUACUACAAUUGAAGAACUACACUACAGCAGUUGAUAUGUGGGGUGUUGGUUGCGUCUUCGGCGAAAUGUUCAAGAAGAGGCCCAUUCUUCAGGGAGACUCUGACCUGGCACAAACACAGAUGAUUUUCUCUCUACUUGGUGCCCCUACCAAUGAGACUAUGCCUGGCUGGGAAGAACUUCCAGGUUGUGAGGGUAUCAAAGACUGGGGCAAUAAGCGAAGCACUCUGCGCCACAACUUUGCUGCAGAUCUAGGUCCUGUAGGCUUCAGCUUACUGGAAGAACUGCUGAAGCUCGACUGGAGAACGAGGAUCAACGCGAUUGAUGCUCUGGAGCACCCCUACUUCAAGACGGAUCCUCUGCCUGCUCGGCCGGGAGACUUGCCCAUCAUGGAGUCAUCUCACGAGUACGAUAAACAGAAGCAGCGUGAAGAGCGCAGACCUCCACCUGCACCUGCUGGCGGUCAGGUUGGCGUCGGUCCGCAGAACGAAUAUGGCUUCCAGGAUCGGUCAAGACCUCAUGACCGACACGGAGCACGAGGUGGCCGACCACGACACAAUGGACCUGAUCGAAGACCUCCCCACUAUCCGCCCAAUGGAGAUUACGACCAUCGUGCGCCUCGCCCUCCACGCAACGACAAUUACGACCAUGGCUAUCGCCCACCUCGUGAUUACGAUGAUCCAUAUGAACGAGAUCGGCGACGUCCUCUUCCCCCUCCUCAGGGUUACGAUGAUUCCUAUUUGAGAAGACCUGUUCCGCCACCUGAUACGAGCCUGCCUCCUAGGCCACCAAUGCCAGCCGACAUCGAUCGUUUCAAUAGCGUGCCACCACCCUACAGGGAUAGAGAUGAGCGACCACCACCUCGACGUAUUCCUCCAGGCACGAGUGUCGAGGAUCCAAGAGCGCCCAUACGGCAACCCGAGGUAGACACGUACAUUCCUCCAUAUUCCUCAGCUGAUCCUUCCCAGAGACCGCCACGAGGUGUGUUGCGCGAGGCAAAUCCAGUACCUGUCGGUGCCAGAAGACCUCCGCCUCCACCACGUGAUGGCUCUGAUCGUCCGACGAUGCACGGCGGACGUGGUCAUUCUGUGGAAUACGACGAGAUGCUUCCUUACGAUGAUGCGAAUGGCGAUAUGUAUGCACGGUCAAGGGGUCCAUCCUCGGUCGGCUCGUAUGAACGACGAAGAUCUAGGAGCCCUACGCGAGACAGAAUACCUGCUCGAGAAAGAGACCGGCCAUACUACCAUGACAGGGACGUCAGGAAUGGUGCUGGACAUCCGUAUCAUCUUCAAAGAUAG